CCUGCCAGGAGCUGCAAUGGCCGCCCUCAGUCUGGUGACAUGAAGCCCAGGGCAGACAGCAGAGGCAGGAGCCGAGGGCAGAGCCGGGUCCCAUAGUUGGAAAACAUGAAGUUCCUGAAGAGGUUUGCCUGCAGCCUAGAGAGAUCCGAUAUGCUGCCUUUUCAGAAUGUCUUGGUGUAGCAAAGACAAAGAAACAACAUUUCUCCCCACAGACCCCAAAUUAUAUAGUUCUAAAAAAAGAAGAAUUAUUAGUGGAAGCGUAGAAUGGGCAAUGUACUGGCGCUGUCUUCUUCGAAGGGGGCAUGGAGUACACGUAAAAAAGAAGUUACUCUCCCCAACCCUGGAAGCUUUGAUGAGCUCCAUAAAAAUUGCAAAGAAGUGUUUCCACAGCAGUUGGAAGGAGUGAAAAUCAUUAUCAACAGGCCCCUUAGCAGCCAUUUAGAGGUCAGCCAUACUGUUCACAUGAGCACAGCCAGCCAGUCCUGUUACCAUUUCAACGCAAAGUAUCUUGGAGACGAGCAAUUGAGUCCUAAGGAGAACUUCCCAACGAUCAUUGGCGAUUUGGACAGUUCUGGGAGCCUGAAUGCCCAGGUCCUGUGUCUCCUGGCAGAACGGAUCCGAUCCAAAGCAGUAUUCCAGACCUAUCACUCUAAAUUCCUCACCUGGCAGUUCGAUGGUGAAUACAGAGGGGAUGAUUGCACAGUGUCUAUGACUUUGGGAAAUCCAGACAUCCUCAAUGAAUCCGUGAUUCUGGUCUCACACUUCCUGCAAAGCAUCACACCCCGGCUAGUCCUCGGGGGAGAGCUGGUAUAUCAUAAGAGACUAGGAGAGGAGGGAGCCAUUGUUACUCUAGCUGGGAAGUAUUCCGCACCAAACUGGGAGGCAACAUUAAAUAUUGGAUAUGGUGGAGCUCACGCCAGUUACUAUCACAAAGCAAAUGAACAGAUUCAAGUUGGCGUUGAAUUUGAAGCCAAUACAAGACUCCAGGAGACGUCCUUUGCAUUUGGUUACCAUUUGAACAUCCCCAAAGCAAAUAUGGUCUUCAAAGGGUCAGUGGACAGUUCCUGGUGUGUAGGGGGAGUCCUAGAAAAGAAACUACCUCCUCUGCCUGUUACUCUGGCUCUCGGGGCUUUCAUGAAUCAUUGGAAGAAUAAGUUUCAUUGCGGUUUCAAUAUCUCGGUAGGGUGAGUUGGUUCAGGGCAGGUUGGGGUUGUAAGCUACAAGAAAAUGACAUCUGUAUGCCACAACAGACUCAGUUAUUUUGGUCUCCUUCCCAGCCAAACUUAUCCACCCGUCUUCCCAAACACCCACCUCCAGAGGUAUGAACAAGAGGGGCAGAUACGUGAGGAUUUGUUGUUCUUAAAUCUAGAACCUGGUUUGUGUUAUGCGUUGCGUUUCUUGUUGAUAUAUUGCAUUAUGGACUACUGCCUUUUCUAGGUAAAAGAGGUGACUACUUCUUGAAGGCAGAAGAAGACCUUGGAAUCACUCUGCUGCAGUCUUUUAUCAGUAUAUUCAACAAGGAACUGGUAUUAAAAAAUGAGUGUGUUCUUGAGCGAUGUUGUCCAAGAAGGUUUGAUAUUGGAAUAUUUUGGGAUAUAUUGUUCCUGCAGUUCAAUGCACUGCUAAAUACCGUAAGGUCUAACGUUCUACCUGUCUCAGGGCACCGCUGCCAGUUUCAGUACCUCCUCUCACUUAAUGGAAAUUUGGGCUAGUUUACUCGGAAAGCCUUUUUGUGUACAUAGUUUAGAUGGAGUCUUUACUCAAAUUUUUUUUUUGUUAGUGAAUUAAUAUCCGUAGCGUCAGAUAUUGGGGUAAACUUUGCGUCUGAUACAAAGCGUAGCCUAGUUGUGGAUUCAUAUUCAACCCCCAUCUCUUGCAGGGACCAGAAAAUCUCUGCUUCAAAGCUGAAUGUUUACAAUUCUUGUUUCAGUUAGUAAUUAAAGGACCACCAGGCUGAGUAUAAACCUCACCUAAUUACUUCUUCAUUCCACAAAUAGACUUCUUAAAUGUUAUGUUCAAUUUACAGUUGCAGAUGUUCUAUUCUUUUUUUCCCCCACUUGGGGGUGCUGUUGGUGUUUAUAAAAUUAUUUAAAAUAUUUCCUUUAUUUAAAGUCUUCUGUCUUCUGUCGUUAUUUAA